AUGAACCUCGCUCUCCCUGCUGGAUCUACAGUCGUCGUGACGGGAGCCAACGGCUACCUGGCGUCACACACCAGUAAUGAACUGCUCAAAUUGGGGUACCGCGUGCGCGGCACCGUUCGCAGCCCUAAACCUUGGCUAAAUGCCUUUUACGAGAGAGAGUUCGGGCCAAACAGCUUUCACACAGUUCUCGUGCCGGACUUUCGUGAUCCCGAGGCCAUCGAAGCUAUACUGACCGGCGCGGAUGGGGUCGUACACCUGGUCUCCGACUUCACACUAGGAACUGACAUCAAUGAGGUGGUUCCUUGGUCCCGACAAGCAACCUUGAGCGUCUUACAGGCGGCGUCACAAGUAUCAUCCGUGCGUAGGGUGGUGCUCAUCUCCUCGUCAAUGGCGUCGUAUACUCCAAACCCUGGACAGCAAGGCAUGGUGGUCGACCAAGAUACCUGGAAUGUGUCCGCUGUUCUCAAAGCCUUAUCGCCCUCUUGGAACCUCAAGACGCAACUACAUGACGCUGCGCCCCGAGGGGUGCAGAAACGGCAGGUCGAGGUAUACAGCGCCUGUAAGAUGAUCUGUGAGUGGGAGGCGUGGGAAUGGGUGCACUGCCACCGACCUGCCUUUCAGUUCAACACUGUAGUCGCAGCGUUUGCGGUCGGCAAGAUCCUGAUGGACGAGAUCCCCGGCUCGACCAUGAACUGGGUACGCGGCCUGCUUCACGGGGACCGUACCCCAAUGACUCUUGUUCCACCCAAGUGGUUUGUCGACGUCGAAGAUAUCGCCCGGCUGUUUGUGAUUGCUUUGCUCGAGCCGACAGUAGCCUCGGAACGCUUGUUCGCCUUUGGUGAGUCGGCCAACUGGACAGAUGUCCUCACCAUUCUGGAGCAGCUACAGCCCGAAAACCCGUUGAUUCCACGCCCGAUGCCCGGGGAGUUGCACGAUUGCGCGGACAUUCAGCCCCGCGGGCGGGCGAUGCAGUUGCUUCGCGAGUUUUACGGCCAACCAGGCAUGACGCCUAUUGCAAGGAGUAUUGCCCGCGGAAUUGGCUGUGAACCCUUGAAGAACUGA